AUGGUGGACGAUAGCAUGGAGAUAGCUUCCGAGCAUGGACAUAACAUAGUUGAGGGGGAUAUUGAUAUCGAUAUUGACCUCACUACUGGCCAUAUUGAUGAAGAUGAUAUCCUAGAUGACAUCGAUGCAGAUGCAGACUUUGAUACCAAUAUUGUCGAUGUGCCAGCGCAAACCGAGACAGACGAUCUGAUGCUUGAUGAUGUCCGUGAUGAUACAUCGUACCAUAUGGAAGAUGCAGAUCAGUUGGAGGAGGAAGCAGAUGAUCACAUCAUGGAACAGGAACCUGCCGGAAUGUCUUUCGCGACCGAUGCCCAUUAUUCUUUUAAUGAGAUACACCCUGCAGACCCAAGCAAUCUGGAUGCCGGCGUUUCCGAUCAAUUCUGGGACGAUCCCCAACUGGCACAACAGUCGGAUGAUGCUGCAGAUGCGCAAGACACAGAAGCAACCGUCCAUGGUGCAGAAAAUGCAAUCGCCAAUGGUCCCGAUAGUGCAUUUAAUUUGAAUGCCAAGGAUAUUCAGGAGCUUGCGCCCGUCUCGUUUCCUCAUUUACCCACUGAUGAAGAUACCCGAUCCAACAGCCCACAAAAUCCCAACUACAAUGAGUCUAAUGGAGAAAGUCUCGAAAGCAAUUUAAAUGAGCCGACAGACCCCGUCGAGGCGGUUGAUCACAAUAUAUAUGCGGAGGAUGAAACACACCUUGAUUUGAACAAGGUCUCUUCUAAAAGUGGCUCAAUCAAUCCCAAUGUACAUGCCGAGGAUCAAGAAGAAGAACAUCCUGAUCCAAAUAUAGCUUCUCCAGAAAGUGGCUCUGUUCAUCCAAAUGAGGCUAAAUUCGAGCCCUCGAAAGAUACGGAGGACCAAUAUCAUGCUCGUGAAAUAGUAGUUAAAUACAACAACCGCAAUUAUCCAUUAAUCAGGAAAUCUUCAGCAGAUCAUCCCAACGAAUUCUUCUUCGAGGACCCCUCCGUAGUUGAGAAAUCAUUCAAUGAGUUUUGCGUCGAGAUUCGUAAAGUUCUCCUGGAGGAAAAUCUCCCCAAAGAUGACAAGAUUAGCUUAGUCGUUGAAGAGCUCCAAUUGGUAAUUGAGGAGAUUCAACUCACAGAUUAUCCUGAUGACUUGAGCUUAGGUCAAAUCAUUCGCCUAUACGAAAAACUAGUCAAUAACGACGGCACCGAAGAUAUUCCUCCUUUGAAUCUUAGACUCAUCAUCCAGCCGACAGGUCGUGAUAGAUUCUUAGCGCUGUCGAAGGGAGCUGCUGAGGGUAAGGGUUUACUAGACUAUGUUACUUGGGACGCCGAUAGCGAAGAUGAUCCAACUGAGUUUGGAGAGCCGACCGAGCAUUAUGACAGUGAAUCUCCAGGUGGCGAAUGCAAUCCGGAGCUCGAAGAAGUAGAAACAUCUAUCGAAGCUAGCGUUGUGCUUGACAAAAAAUUUGACCCUGACUCCCGCGAUGAACAGCCACGUCUCGAACAUCUAGAUUCUGCCACUUCAGCCAGUGCCGAAGUCCUACAAGGGGAACAGAAUAAGGUGCAAAGAGAUGUUAACGCUCAACAGUCAGCACCUGUAGAAUUGCGACAUUCAUCUGAAAUUUUGCAGAAACCUGAUGAUGAGAUUGACGAGGAUGGGGAUUUCAUCGAUUACGAAGAUGAAGAGAAUGUCGAAAAGCCCCCAAACAAUGGAACUUUGAAGUCCGAACUUCCUGAGACUGAUGAAAGCAGACCACAUAACGGUAGAUCCACCGAUUUUAAUUUGCCAUGCAUUCUUCCUGCCACCUGUCUUUGUUCCACAUGUAAUGACCUUUUUCUAACUGAAUGUCGAGCGGCAGAAGAAGAGUCUCGUCGAAACUCAAUCUCUCUCAGAACAGAGAAUCUACCCGAUGAGUUGGACGACCAAGUUGGUGAUGAAACGUCCCACAAUAAUGAUGCGGCUGCCCAGCCCAACGAAACCUUGCAAGAUGUAGAAAGCGACAUUGAUUACGAGGAAGAUAAUGCCGAGGAAGAGAACGCCGACGAUAAUUUCAACGCCGAUGAGAAUGAGCAGAACAACGAAAAUUUUGACGCUGAGGAAGAACAGAUCACAGCGACCAACGGCAUCGAAAAUGCCGAACAUACUGAAAAUUUGAUCGACUUGAACGGCACCAAUGAAGAAGACUGUGAGUAUACCUCGUACAAUGAUAACAACGAAAUCGAACAACACGUAGAUGGCGAAGGCCACAACCCAGCAGAUCAUACCCUUCAAGCAUCUUACGAUGACAACAAUCGGCCAGAGCAGAACGGAGACGGCGAAAGCCUAGAUCUGGAAGAUCAUUCUCUGGAAGUAGAUAACGUGGACAUUAGUUUUGCCGGUGAUGAUGGAAAUGCGGAACAGCAUAAUUUUGAGGAAGAUGAGUUUGAUUUGGGUGUCGGGGACGAAGAAGAAAACGAGUUCCUUCUGAACUAUCAAUUAGAUGACGACACCACUCUCAAUGGCAACAAUGAGUCCAUGAACAUUUCUGUGGGCGAGGAUACCACCACUGCCAAAUUCGCCUUCGAUGGCACAGCAGCGGAAACGGACAGCGCCACAUUAAGCAAUGCUUCAAUCACUGAACUCCAGGGAAUGAAGCCAAGCCUCGUCAAUGGACAGGAUCAAGAAGACGAAAUCGAUUACGAAGACGAUGAAGAGGACCUCACAUCUCCAGUAAUCGUACCUCAACCUCCAACCCCGGCCUCAAAAGGAUCACCCGUUUCGAACUUUGGAAAGAGGCCUAUAGCUGAAACAGACUUCGAAGAUGACGGUGAUUCGAUCACCAAUGGUUAG